AUGAGUUUUAAAUUAUCUAUAUUAGUCGUAAUCAUUGCUAUACUACUAUACAGUGGCUCAGCUCAGUGUAAAGGUGGUAGUGGUGGUGGUAAAGGCCAUGGAGGCGGACAGGCAGGUGCUCACGGUAGCGGACAUGGCGGAGCAUCGGCUGGUGGCGGUGCCGGUGUUAGUAUGGGUGCCGGUGCUGGCGCCAGUGGUCACGGAAAAGCUGCCGGUAGUGGCCAUGCGGGAGGUGGAGGAGGAAGCGGUCAUUAA